AGCAUUUUCAGUAUCUUGCCGGCUACACAAUGGGCAGAUUUGCCAUGAUAGCACACUUGCAUCCGCAUCGCCGAGCCGAGGGCUGAAUUUGAUCCAUCGAUGAAACUCCAUGUGACACGCAGGCGUCUAUAAACGUUAUUCUCGUUUAUCCAUCAUCCAUUUUCAACGCGAAGAGGGCUGGUUCCAAGCCUAUAUCUGACAGCCUUCGCGAAACAGCUCAGAUCACUCUUCGAUAUCAUUUUUGUACCUUUCAUUUCUCACUAUGGAAGAUGACGCUGCGCUCCGGGUCCCGCCUACCCAUGAGAUUAUCAUUGUUCCCCCUCCUGAGCACCAUGGCCGCCAUGCCCUCCUUCAGCAGUGCAUCCAAGUUAGGAUUGACGUUUUCGUCACAGAACAACGCUUUCCCUUGGAAGUUGAAGUAGACGAACAUGAUCCGGAAGCGACGCAUUGGUUGUUAAGACUGACACCGUCCAACAAGCCUAUAGGGACAAUCCGCGCCCACAAAGUGGAGCACACAAGCGGCGCAUAUUACAAACUUGCACGGCUCGUCGUUCUGAAGGAAUACCGGCAUUAUAAAUUCGGACGCAAUCUUGUGCUCGCAUUGCAUAAUUGGGCCAAGGAUAACGCCAGAAACUCAGGGGUGAUUGACUUCGUCAAAAUAGUUUGUCAUUCCCAAGCAGCCCGUGCAGACUCGGCCGGUGCUGUGGCAUUUUAUCGCAAGCUUGGUUAUGAGGAAGAGGGCAAUCUCUUUGAAGAAGACGGUGAACCCCAUCAGAAGAUGGUCGCUCGAUUAUCAUUAUCGGAGUAACUGAUUACAUUGUUCGUGUACUCCUGUAGUAAUGAAGCUUGCUAUAGAAAGCACAUGAUAUACUAGGGGAAUCUACCAAUACACAAGUGGG